GGUCAUAUGGUCUCACAAAUUUUUUUGCCGCGGACUCGUAAACACCACCACCUAGUCGAAUUUUUUUCUGAAUUCAGAAAUUUCCGUUGAUACUUCCCACAAAAAUACAACAUCAACAUUCUGCACGUUUAAAUAAUACAAAACGUGCGGCUCCCCGUCUCGCCAUCCCCCUCCGGCCAACCCACCAACAUCAAGAAAUUAGUCAAACAUAAAACAGAAAUUAAAAAAAACAGAGUCCUAAAAAAGAAACAAAAACGAAAUACGAGAGAAGAUCUGAUCUUCCCCCAUACAAAAAAUAUCCCGCACACACACAGAUCAGAUCCACAGAUCAUGUUCACCGAAAAGGGAAUCUUUCCCAUAGGCGAUGGCCUUUUGGAUGUGGAUGCCGAACGCUUGAAAGGAUUGCUCGUGUCGUGUCGUGACAUCAACGAGAUCUACGAGGUGGAACAGACGCCGUUUGCCAGGGGUAAAUUCGCCGCCGUUCGCCGUGCCAUUCACAAGAACACGGGCUCCCAUUUUGCGGCAAAGUUCCUGAAGCGACGACGACGUGCACAGAGCAGUGAUAAGGAAAUCAAACACGAGAUUGCCGUCCUAAUGCUCUGCGAGGGCGAGGAGAAUAUUGUCAAUCUGAAUGCGGUGCACGAGACACGCUCAGACACAGCCCUGCUGCUGGAACUUGCCACUGGUGGCGAGCUGCAGACCAUACUGGAUAACGAGGAGUGCCUAACAGAGGCCCAGGCCCGACACUGCAUGCGUGAGGUGCUGAAGGCGCUCAAAUUUCUACACGAUCGAUCCAUUGCCCACUUGGACCUCAAGCCACAGAACAUUUUGCUCGCCGGCGAGCGCAUAGAAGAUGGCCUCAAGCUCUGUGACUUUGGGAUCUCGCGUGUUGUGUGCGAGGGCAUCAAUGUCCGUGAAAUGGCCGGCACACCCGACUAUGGCCCCGAGGUGCUCCAAUAUGAGCCGCUUUCCCUGCUAACGGACAUCUGGUCCGUGGGCGUACUCACCUAUGUCCUGCUCUCCGGCUUCUCGCCCUUCGGCGGUGACACCAAACAGGAGACCUUCCUCAAUAUAUCGCAGUGUGCGCUCACCUUUCCGGACAACCUAUUCGGUGGCGUCUCCCCAGUGGCCAUUGACUUCAUACGCCGCGCAUUGCGAAUUAAGCCAAACGAUCGCAUGAGUGCCGCUGGAUGCCUGGAGCAUGUCUGGUUGAAGGACGAGAGCUCGCUGGAUAGACAAAUGUAUUUGCAGGCGCAGAGUGAUGCCGAAGAGGAGGAGGAUGAGGAGGAGGUGGACGAAGAUGAUGAAGAACUUGAGGAUGAGGAAUUGGAGCAGCCUGUGGCUGAGGGGAAGACAGAGGAGCAGCAGCAGCAGCAGCCACAGGAGCAACAGAAGCAACAAAAGCCCAACUGUGGCAGCAGCAGCAGCAGCAACAAAUCCACGCACAAUGGCUUGGGCCACCAGCGGGCCCACAGCAAUGGCAGCAGCAACAGCAUCUCAAAGAUACCCAUUGCCACUGGGAAGCUAUUGGGCAGUAGCAGUAACAGUAACAGUCCCAGCACAGAGACAACCACAGCCAUACACACGCUGACCAGCAAUGGGCAGGCCAUCUGCCUGCCUGCCAAGCCCACACAGAUUGUGACGCCGACACGCCGUGCCUCCGACUCGGACAAGGAGAACACAUACACGGCCACGUUUGUGAAGAAGCCCCCGGUGCAGGCCACCAUACAGCUGGGCAGCAAUGGCCUUGAGGAGUCCUCGACGGUGGUGGUGGCCACCCUCACGCUCUUUCCCGAUGCCCCCACCACACCGAAAGUGAUCCGCAAGACACCAACGGGCGAGUCGAAUGGCUCGGCCACAUCGGUAAAGGCUCUGGUCAAGAAGUUUCAGCUGGAGGAGACGCUUGUGUGCCCGGGAGGAAGCAGCAGCAGUGGCAGCAGUAGCAGCAGCAGCAGCAGUCCCAGCAACAACCACAAUGGCCAUAGUCCCAUGAACGGCUGCAGCAACGGCAACAGCAACAGCAGCAAUAUGCGGCGCAGUGCUGGUGGCAAUAGCAGCAACAUUAGCUAUUCGGCAGCAGCCGCGACAGCGGCACGAAUGCAUUGCAUUCGUCGUGCCUCCGAGCCGCUGACGGCCGUUUACAAGAAGCAGCCACAGAAUGGCAGCAACAGCAACAGCAAUUGUUCCAGCAGCAGCAGCAGUAAUCCCAGCCCUGGCAGCAGUCCCAAUUCGGGUAGCACGGCGACACUGCUACUGAACAGCCAUCGCCUGGCGUCCGCGUCGGUGCCAGCGAGCACGGCCACGGCCAUGGUCACGGUCAACGGCAGCAGCGCUGUAGCCACAAGCAGCAGCAGCAGCAGCAACAGCAACAGCAACAGCAACAGCAGCACCACCAAAGCACCGACUGCCGCCACUGCCCAUCAUCUGCACCAUCACCACAUGCAUCACCAUCAUCAUCAUCAUCACCAUGUGGUGAUUGCCGCCAAGAACGCAGCUGCUGUUGCCGCCACCAACAACCUGAGCCUGGAUCAGGGUAUCAUCUGUUAGCUAAGGGUUAGCCGUGCGAGCCGCAAUGCCAAAAGUUUCUUUCAUCGCUUCCUCUGCUGCAUGUAACAGAGCCCGUCGCGGCCCAGGUCCCCCCAGUUGUUGCAGCGUCGCAGCAGCUCUCCUAGCUGCGGGUCUACUAGGAGAGAGCCGCCCAUGGGUAGAUCGAAUUGGAUUGGCCAUCCUGCCGAUGGUAAUGGGAUCUGGUGCCGCAGAGGAAGAUUUAGGCGAUGGAUAGGGAGCUGGAGGUGGAAAUGGAACUGGAAUUGGAGCGAUGGAAGAUGGAGAUGGAGAUUGGACGAGGAGGAGGAGGAGCAGCAGCUGGAUCAACAGGAGGAUGCAUUGAUUUGAUUUUGCAGCUUGUCUUAGUAAAUGUUUAUUGCCUUAGUGUCUAGGUUUGAUCUACAGCAGAAAGGGAGCCCCCAGCCCCAACCAAUCCCACUUCUAAGUUAGCAAGAGUACACCCCCGCCCCCCCUCUCAACACCACCUCAUCUACAUGCACACACACACACACACACACACACAGGGGAAAGGAGAACGUUGGAUGGAGGAUGUAGCUAAAUCUAUAAAUCAGUUUUUAUCUAUAGUCCAAAUCGAGUUGGCAGCUCUGCGGCCGUAUUGGCAAAGGCAAAGAACAUUACAACAAUUAAAUAAAAGAGAGAAUUUAAAAACGAAAGAGAUGAAGGAAAGAUAGAGAGCAAAAUGGGGGGGGAGAGUGAUGUUUAGUGGAUUAGGCAAAAUGAUUUCAACGGGAAUUUUGGUAGACAUAUCAUUCAUGUUUGUUAUACAUAUACAUAGAGACACACACACACACACACACACACACAGAUUGAGUGUAAGAGCAAAGAAUAUAUGUAAUAAAAGUUAUAUGAGAGAUUCGUAGGAGAGAAAAUCCAUUUUGCAUCAACGAAUUGUAUGUCAAUUAGAGUGCGUUCUGGCAUAGCAUAAAUUAUACAAUUUCAUACGUUACAUAUGCAUAUCUAUAGAGAGAUAUAUACCGAGCAAAUCUAUUACAACUAAAUACAUAAAUUAUGUUAAAUGUAUCAACCAAAAAAAAGAAGAUAGAUUCAUUUCUAUGCUAAACCAAGAAAAAGAAAAAACAAAAUGUGUUGCAACAAUUCGUUAUCUUAAUAUAUAUAGAGUUAUAUGCAUAGAUAAAAGCCAAUCAAGCCAGCAAUCAAUCAAUCAAUCAAUCAUGUAGAUGUGUUGUUCGAUUAUAAAGGGGAAUUUUUAGAGAAUGUUACAACAAAUUGUUAAAUUGUGUGUCGUGUGUGUGUUCGUUCGUUCAAAUCGUUCAAAUCGUUGGAUAAAUGUUGCUAAAAUACAUAAAACAUAUUACAUAUAUCAUAUAUAUAUAUAUACAGCUAAUAUGUAUGCCCAUCCGGAGAGAGAGAGAGAGAGAGAGAACACUUAAUGCUUAUACUAUGUAUGUAACUAGAUCUAGCUUUUGCCCCCAAACCCAAACCCAAACCAACUCCAACUAUUUUCAUUUCCUCCCCAUUUCCCAUACCCAUUUCCACUCUUUUCCUUACGUUGAGUCGGUUUUUGUAUAUAUAUUCCCCCCAGCAAUCAGCAAAUUGCCGUGUGUGUACUUUAAAUGUAAUUCUUAAACUCUUUUUUUUUUUUUUUUUUUUUUUUUUUAAUAGCAUCUUAGGGCUCCUUCAUACGAGAGAGUUUAAUGUAUUUAUUAGGCAAAACGUUUUGUGUGGUCGAUGGAUGAGGAUAAGGAUAAGGAUGGAUUAUUGAUGGUCAGUUAAUUGUUAAAGAGAAUUGCGUAAUGCUUAAUUUAAUUUAUCGUCAUUGAUUACGCCCAAACCAACCCUCUUUUAUACUUAAUAAUUGCGUGUACUUCUCCUAAUUAUUACUAUUAAAUAUAUGUAUACACCAUUUUUUUUUUAAUAA